AUGAAGGUUCCAAUCUUCUUUCUCCUAGUUCUAUAUACAACAAAUGCCGCCGCCUUUGGCAUUUCUGGUGCCUACGAACGCAUGUUCUACUGGUAUGCGUACCAGCUAGAUCAGGCAUCAGAUGGCACUAAGACUAUUGCGAAGAUGUGCGGAAAAGAACUAGCUGGCGGCCAAUCCUGCAAUUUGAGGCAGUUCCUCACCUACAUUGCAGCUAACGACGCGCAGAGAGCCAAUGCUCGGGCGCUUCCUGAUACCAUCAAUGCACACAAUAUAAAUGCAGACACAGCCGCCGAAAUUAUUGACCAUGGUCACGUCAAUGGACUGUAUACUGAGUAUCAUGUGUGCGAGAAAGCCUACAACGUACCGGAUCUGUUUGUGAAAGUUUCGCAAUUGAUUCGCGACAAAGCCACCGGAAAGAGUGUGAACGACUACCCCUUGGAUCAAAUCUUGACUUCACGGAAACGAGUUGAGGCAAUGCGUGCAUCGGAAUCUCAACGCUCCGCUGGCGACUGGCUUCGCGAAAAGUUUGAUAAGGAUCAUGUUCCAACUGGUGAUGUUCCUGAGGGCGGACGUGGCCCUGUAACAGAGGGGUUGGUCAUUGAGACGAGCGAACGGGUCUGUACGGGCAAUAACUUGGAAUAUGCCGCUGUGGAUCUACAGGCAGCGGGUGAUCGGAUCCAUGCGGCUAAACCCUCUAACGCUGGAGAAUCUGGUUUCAAUUUGAAGACUGAACUCAGGAAUUGGAGGCAGGAGGAGCUGGGAAAGCAAAACAAUCACAUCGAGAACAUCCAACAGAUCAUAAAGGCCAGGGGGACUAUCUUGAAGUCAUGCUCGAAAUAA